CUUUUGGGCGCCGGUUCGGAUCCCGAGUCAUACGAACUGCAUUUGUGUGCCAAAGAUUACUGCUUUGGUCGUUCCGACCGCUUGAUCGGCCUCACCGUGCUUCAACUGCGUGAUCUAGCGGCCAGUGCAGGCUCAGCAGGAUUCGAUGGAUUGGAAAGUGCCGGAGGAAGUGAUGGCAUUGGAGGGAGAACUGGUGGCCAUGGUAGUGGGGCAUGCGCAUGCUGGUGUCGACUGGGACGAAGGCUUCACCUGGAUGAUACUGGCUGGACCAUACUACGCAUUUUGUCUCAAAGACCACAGGAUGAAGUGGCACGGGACUUCGUAAAAAUAAAAUCAGAGGUUCGUAGCCAGGAUGAUUCUGAUCAGCCCGAUGCAAACUUUGGUCCACAACCACUUCCAAAUUCUUUUCAGGCCUCCCAUCCUUAUAAGAACAUUGGUGCUGGUCGGCAGUGCCUACAGACCCCGGCAAAGGGUUGA